GUUCUUCUCUCUCCUCACUUUCCACUAUCUCUCUACACUUUAUCUCUCUACAUUAUUCUCUCAACUUUCUCUGUACAUGAUGACUCGAUAUUUGCACAUGUUUUCCCCUUUGUUUCUUGACUGUUUGAGCUUUAAUUAUCGCGUCUUUGGCCUAUUUUACGCUAGGUUAUGUUCCUUUGUCACAUUUCAGGUCCUAGCACAUAAAGUGAAGCAUAGGCGCGAGUUUCAAGUCAAUCAGAGAUCAAUUGGCGAUUAGGGAGAAGAAACUCAGGCAUGACCUGAAGAAGAAUGGAUUUCUACCUCACUUUAUGGACAAAGAAUCAUGCAAUCUUAUAAUUAAAAGAAAGAGGACGAGACUACGAGAGUCUGGGAUCAAACGGGGACUGAUUCGGAGUCCGGACGAGGGAGAAACGAAGCAUUGAAUAUAGGGGAACAUGUUCGGCAGUAAAAACACGGGCUGGCCUAAAGAAAAACACGGCCGUGUCCAUAUUUAGGCACGACCGUGUUUUGGCCGACGAGGGCUGCUGGGGGCAAAACACGGGUGGGCAAAAGUAAAACACGGCCGUGUCCUCGACUGUGUUUUACCCAGAAUCGGGUUUUUGAGGCAUAUUGAAGCCAAAGGAAAGGGAGAGCUGGGUUUUGGAUCCCAAACACCCAAGGGACGAACCAAAGAGAGAGAUGGCGAUUUGAGGGCAUUCUAAGAGUGGAAUUGGAGGAUUUCUUCGCCUUGGAAGCUCGAGGAACAAGCCCGGACUUGAAGACUGAUCAUCUGAAGAUUCUUACUACAGUCUCUCUCUUCUUUAUGGAGUAACUUCCCUUCACUUAGGUUUUGAGGAACCCUAGCUAUGUUUGUUUGAUUUGAUGAUUGUAUGAGUACUCUUACUUGAUAAUCUUGAGUUCAUAUUCAAUCUAUGCAUGUUUUAUGAUUCAAUUCUGCUUUAGUCGAGAUUAUUGGUUCUGCUUUGAUCCUAUGAGAGCGAAUACCUGAUUAGGUCAAUAGAGCACCAUAGAUUGAUAGUAGUGGAUCGAUUGCUUUAGUCGAGGGUUGAUUCACUGCUUUGUAUCGAUUGAGAACCUCAUUCGAUAGAGGGAGUCUAGUUCAGAACGCCUUGAUUAGUUGUUCUAGAGAAGGAUACGUCCCUCUAGGCAAUUGACUCAAGAGGGCCUUGUUCCUUUAGUCGAGACUCAAGGUCUAGUCAAGGAUUCUCCGCAUUGUGAAUGAAAGUGAAACAGGUUAGAGAUCAUCAAUCAUUAAUCUGGCUAGUGGCUAGGGGAAAUCAUACCUAUGUGAGUUCCCAACCUGUAAUUAGAUUAACUUUAAUUGUAGUUUGUUAGAGUAGUUUUAGUUCUUCCAUCUUAAUCUAGUUUGCUAGAUAAUGAACUGAAGUUGAGUAAUAGUAACUCUAGAGACCCGUGGAUUCGAUAUUUAUUACUUGAGCCACUAUACUGCAGUCCCUUUCAUUGGUUACACUUGGCCAUUGUUAGGUGUUGUGUUUUAGCGUGUCAAGUUUUUGGCGCCGUUGCCGGGGACUGUCUAGAUUAUUAGGAAAGGCAGAAGUUUGUUACUUUAGCGUUUUUCUUUUCUUUUCCACCAUUGCUUUUCACUUGGGUGUUUUUGUUUUUGUUGGUGCAUAUCUGAAUCAUGGAUCUGCAUGGCUUCUCCAACCAUUUGGGGUAUCCACCACCAUCCGAGUGGUAUUACCCCGAUACUCCCUGGAGCAAUCAAGGAGGAGAAGACUAUGGAUUCGGGUUCCAGUACCAACCCCCUUACUACAGAGAAGAAUCAGACCCCUGGGCAUAUCAAGAACAACCUCCUUAUCAAGAAGAAUUUCUCCCACAACCAGAAGGGCCAUCAGAGCUGGAGUUACCCAUGGCGGCCUUCAUGGGCCAUUUUGCAGAGUCAUGCUACACUCCACAACUAGAUCCAAACUAUAAAUUGAGGCUUCUCAUGGAGCAGUUUGCUCGAUACAGUGAGAGAUCAUGCUCCAGGAUGGAUCAUUGUAUCCAGGCCUAUCGUGAAACAGAGGAGAUCCUCCUGAGCCUUAAGAAGAGCGUCGAUGAUCUUGAGCGAUCUUGUGCACAACCUGCUCUAGAUCACCCUCCUGCUACCAUACUAGAAGAGGAGGAGGAAGAAGAAGGCUACAAAGACAUUGUGGAGCACACUGAAGUUGUCACGGAGAGCUCCCGUGAUGAUCAUGAUCAUGAAUGUCCUAUCGUAGCCGACCACAACUUCCCACAUCCCAAACUGAGCUUUGAAGAGGCGGGCAUGAGUGAGGAGAUGCAAGAAGAUCUCAUGAAAGAAAUUGCUCGGCAACUUGCUCUCCAAUACGUGCUAAAAGAAGGAGAAGAGCAAGAAAGGAUGCAGAAAGAAGUUGUGGAGGAUGAUGAAAGUGAAGCAGGAGGAGUUCUUGAUCAUUUCUCAGGGGUGAUACCACACGAAGAAGAAAGGGAGGUUGAAGAAGCAAUUGGCGUCCAGGCUGAGGACGGAGUUAAGGUGGAAGAGGCUUGCACCGGCCAUGAGUUGCAAGGAAUAUCCCCACCAAACUUCGAGGAACUGCUUAGCAAGGACCCAUUUGCAGUGUCUCUUUGCCAAACCAAGGCCACAUCGACAUCAGUCCCUCUUGGUGGACGCGAUGGUGGUCAAUUGAUGUUGUCAUAUCUAGUUUGGGGCAAUGAGACGAGAGAAGAGAAGAAGAGGUCUCGAGGGUGGAGACGUUAUCUGCAUCAAGUGUACGAGCUUCCAUCACCUGUCAUACCACAUGCUCGUGACUUGAGACUCCACCUCAUCGACGAGAACCUCAACUUCAAGGAGGUUUUGGGGUGGAUCGAAACUUAGGAGCCAUCGUUCGGCUCACGACGUGAAAGAAGCGCUUGUUGGGAGGCAACCCAACCAGUCUGUUUGCAUUUCUUUCUCUUUUUCUCCUCCGUUGAGUCGGUUUUGUUAUUUGAUUUUAGAGUCAAUAACUCAACCUUUGUGAGAUUUUGUGUGGUGUUUGUGUUCCGAAUACUCUCUCCUCCUGGAAUGCACUGCCUGCCUAGUCCACCAUCAUUCACCCUUGAUCUGGUAACUUCGUUCUACCCUCCUUAUCUUUCCUCCAUUGAGGACAAUGUCGUGCUUAAGUGUGGGGGUGUUCGAUUAUGUAUUCGGGUGAAUGUUUGGCUGUUUGUGUGCUUGGAGCCUAGUCCACUGUCUAAAUUUUUAAAUUUGAGGGCCCCAAGUACGUGUUUCCUUGCAAAUUGCCUGCUCAGUAUGCUUUGAAUUGACAGUCUCUAUAGUGUCGCAACCGUCCCGUCCGGGGGGUCCGAAUGUCGUCGCGUCGGCAUUUUUGGGAGUCGCCAUCGAUCUUACUUGGAGUGGAUCGAACACUCUUCGGAUCGGCUCUAACCUUAGGGUCAGAACCGAGACAUGGUCUGCGAAGAUAAAGUUCUGGGUUCGGG